AUGGAACAGGCCCUCGCUCAACAGGUUCAGCGGGAAUAUUUUCAGUCUGAGGUGCCUCCAGAUAUCGAGGAUGGAUUUCAGCGAGCGUGGGUGGCUGACAGACCGAAUGACGCUUUCGAACCAAGUCUCCAGGAGAUUGCGGAUGCUUUCGUUAUUCAUUACCACAAGUCCACCAUCGAGUUUACUGCCGGUAUCCUGGUGGAGAAUAGGGUUCCCGAGUUGGGGCAAUAUAUCAGCCUUUUGAAGUGUGUCUGGCUGAUGAGACGGAUUCGCGGUUCGACCGAAUUCGCUCAGCAGGGCCAGACCUUAUCCCAUUGGCCCUCUUACAUCCAGGAGCUAGAAGACGGUCUUGCGUCGCAAUGCGAUCGAUUCAAGCAAGAGCUCAUGCCACCAAGUCUAGCAGGUUUAACACCUGAGAUGUUUGACAUAUGGCCCGAGAAAGAGCUUGCUCAGCUCGUGGACGUGGUGACGAGGGAUGCUCUCAUGGAAGAGGUCAUGGAUACGUAA